AUGCAAGAUGAAACUGGAAAAUCGGAGCAAAAUGUUACCAAAGAUAUCUCUUUGGAGAAGAACACUUCAGAGACGAGUAAAUCAGUGACAAUCCUGAAGAAAUUCAAGAGUAGAAAAAUUGAAAAAAAAAAAACCGCCCAAAAUGAUCCAAUUGUAGAUCCUGAACUUUUAAAAGAUAUUGACAAGUCAAUUGGUACGGAUUUAAAAAUGUCUCCAUUACCAAGUGAACAAAGUGAGAACAUUCCUGCUACUCAUGCAACAACUAAGAUUGUGUCUGCUACACAUAACACAACUGACAAAGAGAGUAGGGAUCAAAGUGAAAAGAAUGUAGAACAAAACCAGGAUACAAUUGUACCUGAAAAGGACAAACAUGAUGAAGAUAUAAGCAAGCAAAAACAAGUUCAGCCAGAAGAGCAGAGCAAUCCAGACAGGAAUACUCCUGAGAAAAAGGACAAAAAUGAAGUUGAUCAAAGCAAGCAAGAAGAAGUUCAACCAAAAAUGCAAAGCAAUCCAGAAAAGAAUAGUCUUGGCCAAAAAAAACCCAAAGAUGAUGCAAGAAUAACAACAUUAAAGGACAAGAUGCAAGAAAUACAUUUAGACAUAGAGAGAAACCCAAAGAAGUACAAAGAAUCGACAAUCAAAAUUAUGAGAAAUCUCAAAAGAAUGGAAAAGGCAAGCAAGGAAAUCAGGAGAGGUAAAUGA